ACGAUAUUUUGUGGCGGAAAAAAAACGAACAAAACUGGCUUCUCUCUCUCUUACAAAGCUUAUCUUACUGAGAGAGCUCCACUUCCAUGGCGACCUUAAGCUUCAACCCCACUAGAAUAAGAACCCCAGGGGGGCUUCACCUUUGCAAACCGAAACCUAGAUCGUUACCAUUUUCACAGUCGAUUAAAACCCCGAAAAGAUUCUCAGCCGAUUUCCGUAUCAAUCAACAACUACUACGUCGUUUUCGAUCGAAUUCUGUAUCGGAAAGCUCGAUUUCGGUGCCGGAAGAGGUGGAGGUGGCGGUGGACGAGGAUGAGGAUGAUCCGACUUUGGAGUUGGCCUAUUUGGAUUCGGAGACAGAUCCUGAGAGUAUUACGGAGUGGGAGCUGGAUUUCUGCUCGAGACCUAUUUUGGAUAUCAGAGGGAAGAAGGUGUGGGAGCUUGUAGCGUGUGAUAAUUCGCUCUCGCUUCAGUACACGAAGUAUUUUCCUAACAAUGUUAUUAAUAGCAUUACUCUGAGAGAUGCGAUUUCUUCGAUUACUGAAGAGUUGGGGGUGCCAUUACCAGAGAAAAUCCGCUUCUUCAGGUCACAGAUGCAGACAAUUAUUACAAAAGCAUGUACCGAGCUUGGCGUAAAGCCCAUUCCAAGUAAAAGGUGUCUUUCCCUGCUUUUAUGGCUGGAAGAACGAUACGAGACUGUCUACACGCGUCAUCCAGGUUUUCAGAAAGGGUCCAAGCCCCUCCUUGCAUUAGAUAAUCCAUUUCCAAUGGAACUCCCAGACAAUCUUUUCGGGGAGAGGUGGGCAUUUGUUCAAUUGCCCUUUUCAGCUGUUCAAGAGGAGGUCUCAAACUUAAAUGCAAGUUUUAUGUUUGGCUCCAGUCUUGAUCUGGAUUUACUGGGGAUCGAAAUUGAUGACAAUACAAUGAUCCCAGGGUUGUCUGUUGCAUCUUCACGAGCUCAACCAUUGGCAGCUUGGAUGAAUGGAAUGGAAGUAUAUUCAGUUGAAGCCGAUACCUCUCGUGCUUGUUUGAUUCUAUCCGUUGGGAUCUCGACUCGAUAUGUCUAUGCUACUUAUAAAAAAAAUCCAGUGACAACUGCUGAGGCUGAAGCUUGGGAAGCAGCAAAAAAGGCUUGUGGAGGCUUGCAUUUUCUUGCCAUACAAGACGACUUGGAUUCAGAGGACUGUGUUGGAUUCUGGCUCCUACUAGACUUGCCACCGCCGCCAGUAUAAUCAGUGAAGUAGUUUCAAAAUUUUCUUUUUCGCUUUAAGAAGGUAGUUAGUCGUAUAAAGCAUGUUAAAUUUUGUAACUUGAUUAUUUGUUGGUUGUACAAACAAAUGCAUAAUAUAGGAUAAUGUUCACUUCUGGGAGAUGGGAUUGUUGA